AUCAUUGGAAAGUCGUUUGCUUUUAAUCACAAUUUAUAAGGAAUUUUAUCGAUUAACGAAAUAUCCGAAGGUUUUAAAGGUGGAUCGAUAUGGCGUAGAUAAUCGUAGAAGAGAAAGAGGAAUGGACGGAGAAGGGGGAGGAAGAUGAGGAGGGUAAAGAGGUUGAAUCCGGCACGCGAACGACUCGAAAAGGAUCCCCUAGCAACCUCUAUCGGCAAGAACGCCGGAGGGAUCUCUACGCCAAUGGGGCAUCUGGUGUUGCCUCGUAGCACAUGCCAUGCAUCUGCUCCAUCAAGGUACUUUUGUUGUCUUCGACGUUCGUACGGCGAAAAUAAGCCGAAGGCAACGUGGCCACCGUUACCAAGUGAAUCUACGCGAUGUCUGUUAAAUCCCUAGCGUACCCUCCUCUCCGUAUACUCUCUCUCCUCUCUUCCACCCCUUAUAUACCGCCUUCUCUCUGAAAGAUUUAAAAUCGUUUAAAAUCCUUCGUUGAUCCCUGUUGAUGAUCAUAUACAUACCUUUUUUUAAUACGUUUAGGUUCUGUAGAAUCUAAAAAACAGAAAAAAGGAACAAUGCCUAUACGAAGAUUCAAUCGUUAAAUUGAACUUUACAGCUUCGAAGAGUCUUCGAAGAGGCAGGCAGAUCGUGGGACAUAUCCUGUCUGUUGGUCGAUCAACGAGAACGUUUUUUUGACUAGCAACAUUCUCGAAGGUCUCCUUUUUUAAUGCGCCGGAGCUCUUCAACGAAGUUUCAAGAGAGUAAGAAGGGCCAGGGGGAGUGGACGGGUGGUUGACCGACACAGAGGGGAGCGAACAGCUGUCUUGGUCGAAUCGUCAGGUGGUAUACCGCCGACGCGUCGUCAGCUGCGGGGGUGAGAAUACGAAAAAAGGGUUGAGAAUAGUUGGUUAGAAUCCAAGUAUUACUCGAUAUCGAAUACCGGCCGUUUGGUCGAUUGGAAAAUCAACGUUCUUCUCAAAGAACUCUCUUUGAGAAUUCUAGCUAUUCUUUCUUCUUUUCUUCCAUUAUUUCGAAGAAAUCAAAGAAAAAAAGAUAUGAACAAAUAAAUACCUUGGGUUAUAUAUAGUCGCAUAAUUUAACACGUGAAAAUAGUAAAAUUAACGAUAUAAAAUCGUUAGUAUAGACAGGAGUUUAGGAGCAAGAGAGAAAAGGUGUACGGCACGAGCGCUUUCCUAAUCUACGAUCUGUUCCUUUCUUCCGGGCAGCUGUUGAUGUUUUUCAAAAAUAAAAGGACCUUUUCCAUUCUUCUUCUUUCAUCAGUUUCAAGGGUGUACCACCUUUCAGCCUUUCAAAACUUUAACAGGCUUUGGUCAUUUUCUUUACUUUCUUUUUCUUUAUCGAUCAUUAUUCGUUCUAAAUGUAUUAUUAUUGCUAUCUAAGCAUUUAUUUUGUUUCUUUUUCUUUUUUAUUUGAUUAUUUCUUACAAUAUACUGAUCCUUCUUUUUAUCUACUUCUCUCUCUCUCUCUCUCUCUCUCUCUCUCUCUCUCUCUCUCUCCUAUUUUGAUCCAUUUUUGUAGAUUUUUGGCAAAAGAACGAAAGGUGGGCCGAUCUCCACCGUACGGUUAGUAGAAUCCUGGCAGAUGUAUACUUCCGGCAGCUGUAAGAGCCACGUUGUCGUGUGCCUUUAUGGUGCACGCGCCCUCGACCGUCUACCAUAUAACGAGACGGCACACCGCGAUCGGACAUUAAAAAUGAGCACAGCUGACGAAUUCUCUAAGAUGAUACCAGAAAUCGAGGGUGCUCAAUACAUUCCCAUGCCAAUGACGAUACCUCCUUCUCCAUCGACGACCGCAUCGACACCGUCGACGAUGGAAAUGGCGUCGGGCCCAAUCGAUUACAGCUUGCCCAAAAGAUUAGAUCAGGAUGAUCGAUCUCCCAUAAAAGCUUGGAGCAGGUUGGAAUGGCUCUUAUCGGCAUUCAAGGCCAAUGGACAAAAGUGCAACAUGCAAACCGCUCUCGAAGCUACCUUUCGCGGUGACGAUCUUUUUUAUACGAGUCAAAGUCGAUCUCAAGGAUAUUCCCGAUUUCCUUCAUCCACGUCAUCUUCCAUAUCCUCUUCCAUGUCCUCCUUAUCGUCGAUCCCGUCAUCUUCGUCGUUUAUUAAGUCAUCCAAAUCAUCGAGAUCGGCCAAAUCAAAUCAUUCAUCCUCUUAUUAUCAACCAUCAUUUUCCUCGCAAUCGGUAUUCUCACCGCAACGAACAUUCCCAUCCUCGCGAUCAUCAUUCUCGUCAUUACCGUCAUUCUCGUCACAUUCAUCAUCCUCGAACGAAUCAUCAUCCUCUUCUGACCAAUCAGUUUUAAUGUAUUAUCGACGAAAAAAGGAACGCAAUUGUUCUUACAACAACAUGAACGAUACGAAAGAUAGAAAAGGCUAGCAAAAAUUUUGUUAAUAUAUGUAGCUAUUGCCGAAAGAAAUAUUGCGACGUGACUGUAUUAUGUUCAUCUAUUACGAAAUCCAAAGAUUGUAUUAAUUAAUAGUUGUAAAGAUCUUUACGAGGAAUACUCGUGAUUAAUGGGUGAAAUCGAUAGAAAAUAAAUUGAUGCGUCCGACAAAAUCGAAGAUUUAUCUAAUAUUUACAAUUGGCAGACAAAUUGAUAAUAGUAGUUAAUGGUAUAUUUGAAUGUUUUAUCCAUUUGUCGGAUGCAUCGUUUACUUCGUUGUAUUUAUACCAAAUUUUGCUAUACUAGUCAGUAAACUAAGCAAUGAGAUUGAGUUCCGUAGGAUAUAGAUAAACAUUAUUUAGAUAAUUACUUUAUAUCGUUAAGUUAAAAUUAUAUAAAAGACCGUGCAUGUUUGUUUAACCUUGAAGGAUAAAUGUCUCAAGGGAAAUACUCGUAAAAAGAUAUAGGAUAGAUCUGAAAUAGAUAUGUUAAAUUAUAUUGAAUGUCGACGAAAUGUCACGCUGGCAUUUAGAUAAAUUUAAUAAAAGGAUUGUGUUCUCUUUAAGUUUAAGACGCAAAAUAAUUUGUAAUAUAUUCGUUUAAAAGCGAAACAAUGGCUGACCCGCGUUACGUGUACGAUUUAAUUCAUGUAUUUAUGUAUGUUAUAUGUGAUUUUGGAAUCGUGGACCAAAUAUAAUAUAAAUCUAUAAAAACAAAAAAUAUGAGGUUGAGUGUAAAUGUAUAUUUUUUUUUCUAUUUCCCUUUAUAUAUAUAUAUAUAUAUAUAU